GGGCAGAGCUUGAAUGGUUGAGAAAUGGAACGCAGCUGGGGGAGUAGAACAAGCCCGUAUGGUUGUACUGUACUGUGUUUUAGUAUUGUGACUACGUACGUCCGAGCGAAAGGUAUUGGAAUAUCGAACAAGCUCGUUGAGACAGCAGUUGCACCAACGAUACGACAAUGCGUAGCUCCCGAGCUUUGUUCAGCCGAUUAUGCUGUAUCUAUUCUUCCUGCGAAACCUGCUGAGUAAACUUAUUUCAAUCUGCCUGAAGCGGAUUACAGGAUAAUGCUAGAAUGCCAAAGCGAUAUCGACCUUCAGGGUCGUCGCACACAUGGUUCCUCCUACUCCAGAUCGUGCUUAUUCUCCUGCUUCUUCCGAGUUACCAGCUUUACCCCACCACCUGGGCUGCUGACGUUACUAUCACGCAGCAGAGCGACGGGGUGACGCCGCUGAAUGAGACCGUUCCGUCAAAUUUGCCGGCUAAGCGAGAUUUGCCGGCAGAGAUAACGAUAGGAUGCCUGGUACCGCUCGACACGGCCGACGGAGUCUCCUUUUUCUCGGCCAUUCAGCUGGCGGCUCGCCAUGUGAGCAACGAUACUUCUCUUCUGCCGGGCGUCAGGAUCAAGCUGAUCGCAGCCAACUGCACCUACUCGCCCUUCCCCGGCCAAAUGGCAGGGCUGCACCUAAUGCUAGAGGAAAAGCCUUUAGCUAUAAUAGGCCCCACCACAUCCACCCAAGUCGGGCUGCUGAGCGGCCUGGCAGCCACCACGCGCAUCCCCAUGCUCUCAUACUCCGCCACCGACCCCCUCCUCACGGACUCGCGCCAGUGGCCCUACUUCAUGCGCACCGUUCCCAGCGAUGCCACCAAGAUGGAAGCUAUAGCAGACCUGCUGGCUCUGUACCGCUACAAGCAUUUCGUGGCCAUCUUCACGGAUGACCGAUUCGGCAGGAAUGGCAUCAGCGUGCUGGAGGACAUUCUGCAGAACCGAUGGGGCUGGCAGCACCCAGUUGUGGCGCGGGUGCCAAUGAAGCGGGGGAGGGAGUACGACGAUGCGUAUGCGUCGUUGGAGCAGCUGCAGCAAGUGCGCACGUCUGUCAUGAUCAUCCAUGCGGGGGGGGAUGGCCCUGACGCCGUGCUCAAAGCAGCUGUGGAGCUGGGCAUGUUCAGCCGGGGCUAUGUGUGGAUCACCACGGAGCCCACUUCCCUCCAGUUCUUCACAGGCGAUGGCUCCACUGCCUCAUUCAUGCCGCAAGUGCAGUUCUUCACAGGCGAUGGCUCCACUGCCUCAUUCAUGCCGCAAGUGCAGUUCUUCACAGGCGAUGGCUCCACUGCCUCAUUCAUGCCGCAAGUGCAGGGUCUCAUAUCCAUGGCGUCCUUUGUCCCGCCCUCGCCUGCUCUCACUGCCUUUCGAGCGGAGUGGAAGGAGCACAUGUCGGGGCAGGAGGGGCCCAGCUCGCAGAAGGCGGACGUGUAUUCACUGGCGGCAUACGAUGCACUGCUCCUUGUGGCUCAAGCUGUGCACAACGUGCUCUUUGACAACGCCACCACCGGUGCAGACCCAGAAGACUCCAUUGUGGAGCCUGUGCCUUCUAACCAAGGCGGCUAUAGCGAGGAUGAGGGCAGCAGUGGGAUUUUCUCAGGGAAGGACAAUGGUGCAGGCGGUGCUGGUGGUAAUGCUGGUGCUGGUGCUGGCGGUGGCUCUGGUGGGCCUGAAGGAAACAGCAGCAGUAGCGACGGAUGGGGGAAAGGGGGCAGCAGCAGUGGUGCUGUAGCAAGUGCUGUCCUCGCUAGUAGCAGUCCCGCUUCAGGCAAGGGGCCUGGCACAUGGGCUCCUGUGCAGAUGCCUGUGCUGGCGCCUGGUGACGCUUCCAGUUCCCUCAUCCCCAUACUGGCUGGCGCAUCCAGCAGCAAGUUUGGACCGGUGCUGCGGGAUGCGCUGCUGAAGGCUUCAGUCAUGGGGGCCACAGGCAGGGUACGCCUGACCCCUGAGGGGGACGUGAAGGAUGGGUCGGUGCAGCUGUUGAAUGUGAGGGGCAGUGAGUUCGUCACUGCAGGAUACUGGCGCCCGGGAAAGGGCUUCACAAUCUCAGAUGACGCAUUGGCGCCGCCAGUGCAGGCCAACAGCUCAGUCUCUCUCAACCUUCUCUUCCCAGGCAACCUUGAAAAGCCCCCCUCUGGGUGGCUGGCCCGCCAGCAGGACCCGCUGCGCAUAGCCGUGCCCAACAAGAAGGGCUACAACCAGUUCGUCGAAAUCCUGCCACCCACCGCCGCCCAGGGAAACGAUCGCUUCACGGGCUUCUGUCUGGAUCUGUUCCGGGCGGCGGUUGCCAGGCUGCCCUACGAGCUGUCAUACGAGUUUGUGCAGUUUGGGGAGGGGGAUGCCACUCCGAGCUAUACUGAGAUGGUCUAUGCUGUGGCCAAUCACACAUACGACGGAGCUGUUGGCGACAUUGCAGUGCUGAAUUUCAGGAGUGAAGCAGUUGAUUUCACAGUAUCCAUCCAGCAUUCAGGGUUGAGCCUAGUGUCCUACGUGGCACCGAACAGCAACCCCUGGAUCUCCUACCACCCCUUCUCCUGGCACAUGUGGUUGCUGCUCGCCUGCCUCAUCGUAUUCACGGGCCUUGCACUGUACUUCCUGGAAAGUUCCCACCCCGCGCACCUGCUGCGACGGGCAUAUGACCGUCCGCACCAAGAAAUCAUGUCAUACAUAUGGAUGUCCUUCGCCCCAGUUGGAUUCGCAAAAGUGCGGGGCGUGGUGAAGACCUCUCUCGGCCGCCUCCUCACAGUCACCUGGUUCGCACUCAUGAUAGUUGUCUCGAGCUCCUACAUCUCCUCCCUCACUUCAGCACUCAUUCUCCAGAAGCUGCAGCUUCCAAUUGCGACCAUCUAUGAGGUGGCGGGCUCCAAGCUCAUGGUGGGCUACCAGUACGGCUCCUUCGUUCACGGCUACCUUUUGCAACUCGGAGUCUCUCCGUCGCAACUGGUCCCGCUGAACAGCGAGCAGGAUUACUAUGACGCGCUCUCCUCCAACCGAGUGGACAUCAUAGUGGACGAGGACCCCUACAUCAACGUCUUCACCGCGCAGUACUGCCAAGUGCUCAAGGCGUCGCAGGCAUUCAACGUCCUCAACUCCGCUUUCGCGUUUCAAAAAGGCUCUCUCUUCGGCAACGACAUCUCGCAGGCGCUGCUCGAGCUGGCAGAGAACGGCGAGCUGCACCGCCUACGUGGCAUGUACAUCAAGAACUCAUCUAACUGCGGCAAUGCAGCCUCGGUGCGAAUCCAGAACGUGCAGAUCUCGGCGACCACCAUGGCUGGGCUCAUGAUCGUGUAUGGCGCCUUCUCCCUGCUGUGCUGCGGGGCGUAUAUCGCCAUCAUCAUACACAGGGGUCACCGGGCCCACAGGCAGCUGGAGCCGGAUGCUUUCAGAGAGUUGGGGCCGAAGGGUGCUGAUUCUUCCCAAAGUGAGGCAGGAGGGUUUGGUGGUGGUGGUCAAUGGCGAGAGGAACCGGAGGACAGGCUGGGGUUCAGCCGAAGGGCAGGCAGGGCUGGUGCAGGGGAAGGGGAUGCAGGGAGCGUGUGGCAGGAAUUGAUCACUGCUGAUUGUGAUGCUGAUGGUAGAUAUGAUGGCGAUGGUGAUGGUGAUGGUGAGGAGGAGGAUGAUGAUGAUGGUGAUGGUGAGGAGGAGGAGGUUGAUGGUGAUGGUGAGGAGGAGGAGGAGGAGGAGGAAGAGGAGGAGGAGGAUGAUGGUAGCCGUGUUGAAGUGGAUAUGGAGGAGGAGGAAGUGAUGAGAGAGGAGGAGGGGGGUGACUUGACUUUGGAAGGUGAAGCUUGUAAACGAGUGGGGGAUGUGGAAGAAGUGGAAGAGGAAGAGGAGGAGGAAGAGGAAGAGGAAGAGGAGGAGGAAGGGGAUGAGGAGGUGCAGGGAAAACGCAAGGUGGAAGCAGCGGCAGUAGCAGCAGUGGCAGCAGCAGCAGUAACUUCAGAAGCAAUGGCAUCACGUACAGCGUCACCACCAUCAAUAGCAGCUUCGCCACUGCCGGCAGUGGAACCAUCAGCAGCAUCACCAUCAGCAGAAGGAGCAUCACCAGCACCAUCACCACCUUCAGGAUCGCCAUUGCCAGCGUCAAUAACUCUAUCAUUAUCACCAGCAGUAACCCCGCCAGAAUCAGCACCAGGAACCCCACCAUUCCCAGCAGCUGUAACCCCACCAUUCCCACCAGCAAUAACACUAUCAUUAUCACCAGAAGUAACCCCGCCACGAUCAGCACCAGGAACCCCACCAUUCCCUGCAGCAAUAACACUAUCAUUAUCACCAGCGGUAACCCCGCCACGAUCAGCACCAGGAACCCCACCAUUCCCUGCAGCAAUAACGCUAUCAUUAUCACCAGCGGUAACCCCGCCACGUUCAGCGGUAACCCCGCCACGUUCAGCAGCAGUAACCCCGCCAGUCACCCCACCAUUCCCAUCAGCAGCAACACUGUCAUUAUCCCCAGCAGCCUUAUCACCAGCAUCAUCUGCUGCUCCACCACCCCAGCGAAUUUCCCACAAGUAUUUAUCCUCGUUAAAGAGCUUCUCGAGUCUCUCCAAGAAGGGUUCUCCUUCCCUUCUACACCCCAACCUCAGCUUCAAACUCCCCAUCUCACUCCCAUCCCUCCCCUCGUUUUCCCCUUCCUCCACUUCCUCCUCCUCUACAGCAGCAGCAGCAGCAACAGUCUCAGCUGCAGCAGCAGAAACAGUAUCAGCAGCAGCAGCAGCAGCAGGGAUCUAUACUGUCGCCUUCCCAGCCACCGAAGCACCUCCCGAGCCAAGCCAGCUGGUUUCCGAGCAGCCAUACCGAACCUCAGGCUUGGCAGGGCCAGGCUUAUCUGGGAAGGGCUUAUCUGUGGGGGAAAGGCCCUCAAUAUCCAUUCCACGGAUGGACUCCUGUGAGACUGUCCACUCUGUUGCCCCCACCCCUGCUGGCUCUGCGAGCACGGUUACCAGUGCGGGUGCAAGAGGGGGGUGGGAUGCGGUUGAGAGUGGUUCUGAAGCUGGUAGCAGCAGGCGAGGGGGUGGUGUACUAGCGGGAGGAGGUGUGGAAAGGGGAGCAGCAGCAGGGGCAGCAGCACCGGCAACGGCAGGGGCGGACGGUUCUUCUGCGGCCCCUGCUCCUCUGCUCGGGGCAAUCCGAGCGAAAAUGGCAGAUUUGAAGGAGAAGUUCCAACUGGGCGAGGAGUGGAGCCGUGUGCGCAAUCUCUCAUCCUACGAGGAUCUCCCUGCAGCCACGUCAUCCUCCUCUAGAAUGAUGUCACCAUCCCCCAGACUGGCGUCACCAUCCCCCAGAGUGACGUCACCAUCACCCAGAAUGACGUCACCAUCCUUUAAAGCGACGUCACCAUCACCCCAUCAUCACCACCACCUCCAUGCCCAUCACGCGCGUAUCCUCUCAGCCUCAUCCCCAUCCAUUCCUCUCGCUCCUACCCUUGACGCUGCAACACCUGCAACCCUUGCAACCCCUGCAACCCCUGCAACCCCUGGAACACCUGCAACCCCGGCAACGCCUCGUGCUCGUCCGAGGUUGGACAGGCUGCUCAGCCAAUCUGCUUCCAAUCUUGCAUCCCCGCAUCUGCAGCGCCUAGAAUCUUCCAGGAAUCUUCGUCGCCUGGAUGCCCCCCGGAAUCUGCAGCGUCUUGAAUCUUCCCGGAACCUUCAGCGCCCAGACUCCUCCAGGAGGGACCUUCGGCGUUUCGAAUCUUCCAGGAACCUUCGUCGCCUCGAGUCAUCUAGAGAUUUGGGGCGGCAGCUUCGGCACACCGUUAGCGAAGCGAGAAUUCUUGAGGCGCCUCCUCAGAGGGCCACCGCGAGUGGACCAGGCCUCUCUUUGGCGCCGCAAGGCUUGCCAACCUCGUCGUCAGGGCUGGCUUUGGCCUCUCCAACCCCCCAGCGUCUUGGCAGUGGCACGUCACGGAACCUCCAGCGCCUUGAAUCGUCCAAGGACCUGCAGCGUCGGCUUCGGCACACUAUGAGCUCCAGAAGGCUCGAUCGCAGAGGAGAUCAGCAGGGAAGGAGUCUGAGCCACAGCCAGUCUACUGUUGGCAUGUCAGCAGCAGCAGCUGCAGCAGUGGCAGCAGCUUCGUUUGCAGCUGGCAGUGCCACUGGCACUGUUGGCCCAAGCCCUUCCAGUUCUGGGGCAAGUGCGGCUGCUGCUGCUGCUGCUGGGGCUAGUGCUGCUGCUGCUGCCGCUGCAAUUGGCAGCUCAUCCCAUGCUGCUCACCGCCCACCACCUUCACUAACGUCCCCACCGCUACAAUCACAUGCUCAAGCAUCACAUCAGACCCAGCCGCGUAUUGAGGGGGGGCCCUACAGUCGCCACUCGCACUCUUUCUCCGCUGACUCCUUCUCGCCCCACUAUCGCCCCUCACGUCCCUCACACCUCGCUGCAAGCCCUUUUGCCAAGAGCAAGACCUUCAAACGCAGCCCAUCAGCUUUUAAUUUCACAAGCACAAGCCCAUCCAGUUUCGAGGUGCCACAAUACCGUCCCUUGCCCCCCGUAACAAGCCCUUUCACCAAGAGCAAGACCUUCAAACGGAGCACGUCUUCUUUCAACCUAGAUAUCAUGAGCCCGUCCAAUCGAACCCUGACUAAACCUCCGUCCAGAAGAAACCUUUCCAGUGGCAACCUUCCCAUUUUGCCCCUGCAGGGCACAGAUCUGCCCAGUGUGCCCCUUCAGAGCACAGACCUACCCAGUAGGAGCCUUCACCAGGCUCAACCUGCACGGGUCCUGUCUCGGCACCUAUCUAUGAGCUCUGGGCCCCCUGCCGCGGAUACUAGCUGCAAUAUGGGAGAUGCGGUUACCAGUGAUGCAAGAUUUGGGGGUGUGACUACCAGGGACGCAAGAGUGGUUGGUAGGGCAGAUGCGGUUACUGCAGGUGCAGCUCUGCACUUAUCAGAUGUGCCUGAGGCGCCUGCAAGGGAGAAGCCUGACUUGAUUGUGACUGUGCAGACUUCAGAAGCACAAGGGGGUGCGACUGGGGACGAUCCACACCCACCCUCCUCUGAGGAGGAUUCCCAAGCAGCACUCUCCCGGGCAGAUUCAAACUCAGCAACCUCCCAGGCAGACGGACAAGGAGGGGCUGGUGCUUAUAGCGAGGGAGGGGCUGCUGUUUAUAACGAGGGAGGGUCUGAGGCUUAUACAGAGGGAUGGCCAGCUUAUAGAGGGGCACCGUCCCCAGGAACUGCUCGCAGGGCGCAGCUGUCGAGGCAGAUGCUGCGUGGCCAGGGCAUGAGCAGCUUCAAUGACAGCAUGCUUGCACGUAGCAGCUUCAAUGAGAGCGUGGUCUGGCAUGGUCAACGAACAGGAAGCUUCAAUGAGAGCAUGCUGGAGGGGAGUGUGAGGGAGGAGGAGGAGGGGGAGGGGGCGGAGGAGGAGGAGGAGGAGGCGGGGGAGGGGGAGGAGGGGGAGGAGGAGGAGGAGGAGGAGGAGGAGGAGGAGGAGGAGGAGGAGGAGGAGGAGGAGGAGGAGGAGGAGGAGGAGGAGGAGGAGGAGGAGGAGGAGGGAGAGGAGGAGGAGGGAUUGGAUGAGGAGGAGGGGGAGGAGGGGGAGGCGGGGGAGGAUGGGGAGGGAGGGGAGGAUGGGGAGGAGGGAGAGGAGGGGGAAGAUCACAGUGGGGGCAACAGGCUGGGAGGUGGUGGGCUGCAUUUGGGCAGGAGUGGGAGGAGUGUGUCGGUGACUGAGGCUACAGGAACGAAUGCUGAGAGACCCCCACGUCUGCGGCACACAGUCAGCACAACAGCCAUCAGCCCCAGCCGCACAACAGCCGAAACCCCGAGCCCUACCAACCCAACCAACACUCCUCCACCCUCCUCUCACAUCACCAGCACCACCAGCACCGCCAGCUCAGCCACCACCACUGCCUCUGCUACUCCCGAGGGGCCUCUUGCCUCUUCCUCUGUCACUACGUCUCCCUACCUCUCCACUUCUCUCUCCCUGGCCUCAUCCCUGGCCUCCUCCACUCCCAGCAGCGCCUUCAGCUUCAGCCGAACCUCCACUUCUACAAGUAUCUCGCUCACCCCAACUCACAGCGUCGCUGCGGCUGCUGCUGCCACCCGUGCUCUUGCUGCAGUUAACGCGUUCAGCUUUGGGGGCUUGCGUGGUGAUGCUGCUGCUGGUGCUGCUGGUGGUGCUGGUGGUGGUUCUGGUGUUGAGGUGGGUAAAUUCAUGGGUGUUACUGCUGGUGGUGGUUCUGGAGCUGGUGAGGUGAGUGGUGAGGAGGAUCAACAUAGACGGGGUCGUGGUGGGAUGGUAGCCAUUCCACCUGCAUCGGCUUCUCAUCAAGUAGAAAACGCAGCGCGAAUCAAGACUGGUGGCGGAGUGUCAGUGAAAGGUCAAAGCUCGUCCAAACCCACUCUUCCUAAGAGAAGAUUGGGCUUUUCCUUCUCCAGCUUCACAACUGUUAGUAGAGCAAGCGAUCUUUAGUUAUUUUAUUUUAUCCUAUGAUUGUCGUGAAAAUUUGGAUUAUUUCUUGCUUACCGUGCAUGGUGUCUAAAAUGUCCGUUGUACCAACUAGUAG